UCUCGUCGCUGUUUUCGCAUCGGUUGCAUCCUGUGCUUCGCGGUCGCGAGAGUACAACGCUCCUCGAAAUUUUCCUUCCGCGCCUUCUCUUUCUCCUUUCCUCCCUCUCUUUCUCUCUCUGUCGUCCUCACGUCGCGCGCGCGGAGCACACAUAUGUGCGAGCGUCACACGUACCGUCGACGCGCCUCGUUCCUCGUGGACAGUCGGACAGUUUCUCGUGACGCUCGUCGGGAAGUCGUCACCCGAUCCGCCGUCGCCUGGCAGUCAGACGAUAACCUAAACCCUCUCGAGGGACUACGUGGACUACACGCAGCCAGUGGUUCGACUCGUGAGGCUCGCACACGAGAAAAAUGCCGAAAUGCUUCGAGCAACUCUCGGCUCCUCUACCCACGGCUCCGCCGUCUUACGAGGAAGCCAUAGCCAAUACGGGAGGAGGUCCUGUGCAGCAAUCGGUCGCUAACCCGCCGUAUCCUGUGGGAGGCCCGGCAAUGCCGAUGCCGAUGCCAUAUAAUCAACCGCCGAAUCAAACAACGAUGCCCACCGCAUCGGCAAUGUACCCAGCUACGAGUCAAUCGACGUCGCAGCCGCGUUUCAAUCCCGAACCGAGUUCCGUAUCACAGCCGGAAGUGCGGGUCAUUCAUCAACACGUGGCGUACACCUUGGGCCCGAAUCCCGUGAAAAUGUCCUGUCCGUCGUGUCUCGCUGAUAUCAAAACUACCACGAUAUCGGAUCAUCAGCCGAGCGCUCACAUAUGUUGCAUCGUGCUCUGUUUACUCGGAUGUUGCCUCUGUUCGUGUCUGCCAUACUGCAUGAGCGCCUUCAUGAGCGUUCAUCACUUUUGCCCGAACUGCAAGAAUUACAUCGGCACUUGGAAAGGUUGAUUCCAAGACUACGUUUGCAUACACAAGUUUCCGCCUUAUGUAUAAUACGGAUACUGUGUAUAAUUCCGUAAAUGGUUAUUCGAUAACCUUCGCUUAUUCUACUAAAAGCAGCGGAAGGAUAGGCAAUCACGACGAAGACGUGAGUUUAUAUUAUGCCACAUACGACUCUCUCGCAUUUUGCGAGAAGAUCAUCGUGUUGCGAUACGUGGAGGAUGAUAAAAUUGUCGAAGGUUCUAAUCGAUUUAGCGCGAAAUUCAGCGAAAUAGUGUAUAAGUCGUGUAGAAUAUGAAAGCGACAGUAUUUCCAAACGCUAAUCAUGCUUUCAUAUCGUAUAUUAGACUGUUUAUACACACAGAAAUCGCAGAAUAAGGAUUGACAGAGGUUGAAGAUAUCGCGGCCAUAUUUGCGGAGGAAAUUACAUUUUCCUCUAUUUUUCAACGAAGAUUAUCUUCGUUUUCGUCCAAAAUUUUAACCAGCAAUUAAAUCUCAUAUGGUACUUCUGUGAGAAAUUUUGUUGGCUCACUGUUCUCUGCAAGACGGUGAACACUCCUCGCUUUUCUGAAAUAUGACGGAGUACCAUCUUAGGCUUCGUAAUCAUUGUGGUGUGUGUUAGCGGUCUAAUAUAUUAUAUAAGAGUUUUAUCGCAUUCCUUAGAAAGAUCUUCAGGGUAAGGUAAAUUAAGGAUCGUGCGUGCGUGCAAUUUUAUCAUGAAAGAUUUGGAAAGCGACCAUGAAUCUCUUCCUCUAGCGUGAACUCGAGAAGAGUGAACACUUUCAAGUAAAAAAAGUUCACUUGUUCACGCCGAGAGAGAAAGAUUCAUGAUCGAACAUCUGGACACGUGAAAUGUCCGGUACACUUUCGUUGCUCUGUUUCGCUAAAAUAGCGAAUUUCAGGUAAAUUCAACUCGAAUUAGUCUCCUUAGAGAGCUUUUAGUAGGAGGAAGGCGUCAACAAGAUCACGUAAACUAUGUAUUCUGUACAUAGCCUGGCUCAUGCCAGCAUCACACAGCAUCACACAGCAGCUACUGGCUAAUGCUUUCUAACACAAACGUACCACUGUAUCGAUACGAACAGGAAUAGUGAAGCUAUUCGCAGAGUAGCUGCUCAUAUGACUCUGUCUUAUGGCGUCUUUCUCUUACUAGAGGCUCUCUAAGACCGGUAUUCAUAGUCGGAUCUUAUAUUUAAGCUUAUCUUCAGAUGCUUUACGGCUCAUUUCAUUGGCUACGAAGCAUCCGAAUGUAAACUUAAGACAGUCUUAAAUAGAAAUCUUACUAUGAAUACCGGCCUAAUUUUUCUUCAUGUUUUGAAAUGCGUUUUGUAAACUUUGUAAGCUGUUUUGUAAACUGUUGUUCCCCCGCACGCAUAUAUUUUGACGUGCAUCUUCAACGAGUAUAGUUGUAUUGCUUCGCAGUGAUGGUUUCUUCGAAGAGUCCGUUAUUCAUGAUUGCGGGCCGAAGCAAAAAGUAAGAAGCGGUAUAUGAGCAACGAAAGCUACCCGGCUCGCCGUGUCGACAAAUGUCGCUCUCGUGUAUUUUUAUUUUUGUACCACAAAUCACGGAUUUUGCCGAGAAUAAGUGAUGAUAGGUUCUACGAAAAGUAUAAGGAUCCGGAUCCUGAAGAAAAAAAGAGAAGAAAAAAAGAAACUUGGCACGCAGGAGCGCAAACGCGUGUACCUGUGCCUCUCCGCGAGCCAAACCGAAUACAUAGAGCGCAUGCGUAGGCGGUAUUAUCACGAAACGAAAUCUAUUUUUGCGUACAAUGCAGAGACUCGAAAAUUUCGUCUAUAUAGCGUUGUUAAGAGCGCGUAAGUUAUUCUUAGUUUUUACUUAGAAAGUCUCCGUUCAUACAACGGUGCGUACUAUCGAAAUGUUUAUUGAUAAGCACUGGGGGCAGCAGAAGAGAGAUCCUUGCGGGAGAUCUAUUUUGCAACGUCGUUCUGUUCAACGAUUGCAAUCCGAUCUACUCCGCGUUUAAACUCCGAAUCUUGAUAUCGUGAAGGACGGUGGUAGUUUUGAACAAUGUACACUGAGAGACAAGGUAUCUAAAGAAUAAAAAAAUAUUUAUUCAGUGUGUACUAAUAACAUAUAUUUACUUAAAUCUCUGAAUUAUCACUUUAUUUAAGUGUAAUAAUUGUUUCCACGAAGAGCUACGGAUUUAAGAAAAUAUAUAUUUCCUCAUUGGAAGAAAAUUUUCCUCAGUGUAAAAACACGUGUAUUAGUAAUAAGUUAUUAGUAUCCACCGAGUAUUUGUUAUUUCUCCGAUAUUUUUCCUCUCGGCGAAACAUCGACGCUGAGCUGAAGCUGGUUUGCGCUGUUCAAAUUUCAAUGUCUACAGGCAAUGCCGUUUCGUCGUGUUAUAUCGGCCGAUUUUCUUUUGUGCAGGUUCUCCGACUCUUUCGCCUUAUCUCUCCUUCCCACCUCUUGGAAGUCCUAGUGAACUUCCUUCCUUCCACCGCCCGUGACAAAUAUUCAAAACACAACUGACACCCGACCUUCCUGGCGUAAAGUUGGAAAAUUCACGUUGAUCACUGCUACAGGUAUGCAUUUCUUACAUUAACUUCCUAGUUUCUCAUGUUCCCCCUCAGCUCCCGUGUAUCUCUCCCCCCAAUCAAGGUGCUCUCUGUUGUUGGUUGGUGCAGUGUAUUUACUGAGUGAAUCUUUACGUCCUGCGUUUCCGUUCUAUCUCAACCGAUUGAUUUUACGUUUAAGAACAGUCAUUGGUACCCUCCACACAAGGCACAAACUAUAUUUUAAAUAACAAUUAUUUUAAUAGUUUAAUUCAAAUCGCAAGAAUAAUAUAUAAUAUAUAUAUGUAUAUACAUUUAUAAUAAUAUAUUCUUGAUAUAUCCUUUCCUAUUUAGACAUUACGAGAUAUAUCGCGGGAUAUCGCGAGAUAUAUGAGAAUUAAGCUUACAAGUUCAUUAUCUGAUAUAUUUUUAUCGAUCUGUAUGUUAAGACUGCAAAUAUUUCCACGAAAAUAUAACAAAGACGAACUUGUGCGUGGGAUUAUCCGUUCCGUGAUAACCUUCAGCGGCCGUGAUAUGUGCAUUUAUCGGUUAUCAAUUCUUCAUUACGAAAUCUGUAAUAAUUCACGUGAGUGGGGUGAAAUCGGCGUUGCUCUUAUUUUAAUUGCACGCGUGACAUUGUUUAGUGUAUCAACUUGGAUGGCGGAACCAAGAAUAUUCCACGGUGAAUUGCGGAUGAACUCGGGGAGUUCGGGAAACGUACGAAGAUAGCGUUUCUCUAAUCUCUUUUCGUUGUAGUUUCUUAUCGUAAACUCUCGUAAUGCAAUUAUCUGAAGCGAAUCUCAUUUCUCCCCAACAGUAUUAGGCUUAGUAUUAAAGUUUAAAUGUCAUUAGGGCAAUUAGUAUCAUAUCAACGCUUCUUCGAUUGAGAAACGCCGCCUCGUAUAUCUUGAAGAAUCCAGAAGUUGACGUAACGCUUCACUUUCGUGUUCUUGUUUUCGCUAUCUUCGUUCCGAUAACUGCCAAGAAGUUCACAUGUAGUCAAGGGAUUAGCUAUGCUCAACUAAUAGCUAAUAGCAGCUAUAAUGCAUGAAUCUAUACGAAUAUUAUCUUUAGCACUUGAAUGUGCACCGCGUCUUUAAGGGAUGUGCGAACUGCUAUUCGAAUCUGAAUCUCUGAUUCGAAUCCGAAUAAUUCGAAAAUCUCGAAUCGAGAAGAUUCGAAUACGAAUCGCGCAUAUUAUUAUGUUGAUGAAGUACUAAAGUCUUCUACGAAGUUUAUAAUAUUCUUGCUUAUGUAUGAGAAAUAUCUAUUCUUGAUUUAAGACUAAUUUUAUUUUCGUGUACAUUAAGAUCCUUUUCAGAAAUAUUAAAAUAAUAACUGCUUAGAGCGACGUGUAAGACGUCGGCAAGAGAGAUAUUAGUAAAAUUUGCGUAUUUAAAUAAACUUUCAUGAUAUCAAAUGGAUCUGUGCAUAAUUGAAAAGUGCUGACAUUAGUAGUAAUCAUUUCGUAUAAAUAUAAUUUAGUAUAAAUAUCAUUUAAUCAAAUUAAAAAUCAUUUAAUAUAAAUAUCAAAUUUAGUUUACACAUAUCGUAAUAUUAAUUUUACAAUUUAUAAUUAUUCUAAUAUAAGUCUCCUAGAUGUGCAUAUGUAUCUACGAUGCGCAGUAUAGUAUUAUAUAUUUUUACGAAACCGUGCAUUUCUAAAAUCAUUUAGUUUCUGUAUUCAUUGUGAACGAUCGAUAAUGUCAACGCUCUUCAAAGUACAUUAAUAAUCGAUUUAUGAUCUUUCAUCUGACUGUUUCAAUUAUUGCACUACCCUAAGUAAAAUAUAUUUCAUCAACAUCACACACAAUUUUGUUUGAAAUAUUUAAAUAUAUAUGUCUUAUUUUUUUUAAUGAGUUGACAUCGCACAAAAUGUUACUUCUCUCAUACCGAAGUCUUUCCUCGCUAUCUUCAUGUUGAAUUCAAUGAUAUGUUCUUAAUUAAAAGUUACGUUCCAACGAUUCGAUUCGAUUUCAUUCGAUUCGGAUUCGAAGAUAACAAAUGAGAUUCGAUUCGACAUCAAAGAUCCUCGAUUCACGCAUCUCUCGUCAUCAGGUGAAUAUCUUGAAGGUUGCAAAUUGAUCCGUCGAGCGGUGCGAUCUGAAUGUUCGCAUUAUACUUAGUAUUUUGCGGUGUUUCCAUUAUUUGUUGCGACGAUACGCAGCUUUGUUAAGUUUAUCGUCCGUUACGGUGCCCGAAUAUGAGCAUAUAAUUUAAGAAGAAUUAUUAAAUCGCCUUAAUCGUAUCAAUUACAUUAUGUCAGCUUGAGACAUUUUUAUCUAUUCUACACAUAUCUAUACUUUAACGGGAAAGAGUUUCCAUCGUGAGAAGACGUAAUAUUAGAAAGUCAGCUUUGUUGACUUUAUUGCGUUACGCAUCCCCGCCUGUUCGUUUGUGUUUCGAUUGUCUCACAUACCUGCUGUUAUUUCACAAGUGAGGAAAUACGCCAUUUUUGAAACUUGGUACUAAGAUAUUAAACUAGUCCGCGCCCGGGGGGNGGGCGUACAUCUCGAUCUCCCCGUUUCGUUCGUACAUGACCAUUUACGCGGUCGAUAUGACACCAGAGUCGAGCAUUGUCCGAAUAAAUAAUACAUUUAAAUGAAGACUCGAGUGAAUUUUCAUUCAAAUGGCAAAUUCGAGCGGAUUUUCAUUCGAAUGAAAAUUCGAAUGAAUCUCGAUUCGAACAUAAAUCUGCAAUGGAUAGGCGAAAGAAAGUUAAUGCUCGGCCUAGCUCUGAUAAGGUCGCAAAACUCUCUUGUACAUGUCUGACGUAAUAAAGUAUAUAUUCGGUUAAGUGUGUCUCUUUCUCUCUCUCUCUCUUUCUCUAAGGUGAGUACAUCGUACGGUUUUGCUUGUGCUUAUUUGGGAAAUGACUUGUUUAACUUCCAGCUUUUGAUCUUUAUUUUGAAUGUAGUUCUGAAUGUAGUUUUGAAUCUAUUCUGCAUAAUUUUGAGAAUUUCGACAACUUUCGGUUACUCGACUUCAUCAUGCAAACUGGGACGUUGAGGAGCGACACGACGUUCCGUGACUGACGUUGGCUUGCUUCGGGCUUUGAUGGGGGAGACAACCAUCAAUUUAACUCUAUCGUGCGGCAUCGGGUUACUUUUGAUUAAUGCUGACGCCAUUAAAUCUUUUACCUAUGUAUAUUGCAUUUGACACUGAAGAGAGUCGGACUUCACGGCCGAAACGUUUGUAUCGAGUAUGUAUAUAUUUGACUAUUAAUUUAUCUGAAUAACAACCAGCAUCGACUCUCGUUGGUCUCUUUUCUUAAUUUUUCUUUAUUUCCGCUUUUUAAUACGUACAGUAUAUCGAACAAACUCGAAUAUAUGUAUAUGUGUAUAUGUAUGCGUUUUCGCUCGUAAUGGAAAAAGUUCUGUUUAUAAUUUCUUGAAAAAAACUACGCUACAUAUAUAUAUAUAUAUAUGUAUGCGAUAUAUAUAUAUAUAUGAAUUGAUUGCUGUUUCGGGAAGAUAUUAAUUGGAGCAUGAAAUGUGUGUCCUAUAUACAGAUUAAAUUUUCGGUGUGCAAGUGAAAGUAUCACCGUUACGCGUCGUACGUCGUAACCAACGUUACCAAAAGUUUUACAAACGAUACCUAAUCGCCAAGUCGCUUCGUCGUAACACUGCGGACAUCAAAUAGUUGUUACUAUCAAAGAAUGAUUUUUCUCCCUCCUCCCUCGCUUAUUUUGCGCACUAUCGUGCGUACAGCAGCAGUAUAAGUACAAAUACGAUUUUUUUCCUCUUUUUUCUUCUUUUCCGAGAUAUAAUUGUGUUGCAAGUGUCGCUUACGCGCAGAAGGCAAGCCGGCGAAUUGUCUCCCGCGG